AUGCCGAGCCCUUGUGAGGAUUUUUUCACCCUUCCAAACAAAAAUUUAGCAGGUAAUUUUUACUUAUUCUGAAUCAGAAAAAUUUUGCGAAUUUGUUGAUCUUAAUUUUUUGACAAGUACUUUCCUUGUCAGAAAAUUUUUGUAAUACAUUGAUGUCUGUCGUUCAGGUAUGUCAUCAAAAAGGCUAGGUCGUUGUUUGAAAGGGGUUAUUGUAAAUCGUGUAAAGACACCGAAUGGAAUCAAAUGCCAGGUGUUUUGCAGCCGCGUCGAAAAUCUCAUUACAAUACACCUUCAAAACUAUGAAAUAGGAACUGUGUGCGACUUUACGAUAGAUGAAGACGGAAUUGUGCACGAUGUGGUCACAUUGGACCAGAAUAGAAAGCUGCAGUUUAAGGUAAGUAGAUGUUAUUCUACUAUAGUUUUUUAGAUAAAAAACUUGUUGCUAAAGGAGAAUAGAGAUGAAACACAACUACCAUUCGGGCUCGUCGGCGAAGACGAUAUUUUCGGUGCCAUCUUGGUGCCUUCGAGCGCUCACACUCAACCUGGGCUUACUGUUGAUGUGGGUUUUCUUUGUUUGCCAAUGUUUUUUAGGUUAUUAUUUCAUACAACAAUUUCAUGGACAUGAAAUACAAAUGGUAUGCAAUCAAAGUAUACGAUCAUAGGGCCAAGACCUAUACUUCGGUGAGUUUAUUUUCUCCUUCUUUUUCAUUAUUGUUUAGAUUCUCGGAUGCAGUUCGCCUCUAUCUUUAAUGUCGUCAACGGUUCCAGAAGAAGAUUCAGUGGACAAUUUGACUGCUGCUACUUUAAAGUCUGACGCGGUGGAAGCGGCUUCUUAUACCGAAGUUGAGGCGUCUCAGGAUACGUUUUACGAUGAGGAUAGUAUUGGCUCUGAUAAUUAUAACUUUAUGGACUUGGCUCGGCUCGGAAAACAGCCUUUACCGGAUGUUUACCGAUUAUUUUCAAAUUGUCAGGAGCCGUUAAUACAAUUUCCGAUCUUCCCCAAGGACCGGCCUACGUGCAGUGAAAAGAUGUAUGAAGUAAGUGUACCCUUUGAUGCCGCUAAAUAAUCUAGGAUCGAGUCAUUUUUCUGGCCAGAUGUCCAGACUUUGCUAUCGCGCUGUCAUCGUCGGCCAAGGAGUUUGGGAUUAUGCUUCCAAACCACGAAUCUUAUCAACUGGCAUGUUUGGGGAAUGUCUCCAGAUGUGAUCUUUCAAUACCCAAUGAAAGAGUUGUUCUUGACUUUUACAGUUUUAUUGUGGAAAAGGUUGGGACGUAUAUUAACAACUGGAAGCUUCGUUCGGUUCUCACCGUCUACGGAAAUACAAUCUCUCUGGCAGUAUCGGUAAGAUGAGUUCUUAUUUUUUAUUUUGCUGAUUUAGGUUGCUCUGAGGGAUGAGGACAUUAAGAGAAGCCCGGGCGAUGCAGAUGGGAUCUUCACUUUCCCGUUUGGGAAGGUUAUGCUAGACAAGAAACUAAAUGAGUACUACAGCAAGAGUAAAAAAUUCGCCUUCCGUGCAACGUUAUCUUCUUAUGAUCUCAGUCAAGCAACUGACGAUCGAGUCGUAUGGGUUGCUCAUCAUUCUCAUUGUGCACUUCUUCCGUGA